AAUACACGCGCACGACCACAGGCAGGCGUUGCACGCUCCCGAGCACAGAACGCGCAACAAGCGGACCAGCGGAUGAAGCGAGAGCGCGCACUCGGAGAGCAGAGGACGGACGCAAGGCGAUGCCAGGAGCGGGAAAACAUCGCCUCUGACGGUCCAGCUGUUAAUGUGUCUGGGUGUGUGUGUGUUUUUUUAGAAACCCAGGAGCGUUUAAUUUGACGAAAUUGGCACAUUUUUUUUUAAAUAGAAAGCAUACGGCAUCCGCCCUUGGUGUUGCGACUGAACACAAUUCGUCGUGAUGAUGCCUUUUCACUUCGACGCGAUUUGGCGAUAAGUGCAAAGAAGGAUGUCUUGCAACAAUGUCGGAGGAAGAUGCGCAGUCGUGACAACAACAACAACGGGCUUCGGUGAAGUGUAGUCGUCGAAAGAGGUCCGCACGGGGUCUGCGGCUCACGUUUAUCUCCGGUCGUCUAUUUUCUACCCGCGAAGCCGAUCGGACCUAUCUACAACAAGGCCAACAGCCCGUGGCGUCCGUGGCCAUGAACGCCGUGGGAAUGAGGGUACCAACGUGACGCACAGUGCAGCGGAGAGUCGGGGACGUCAUCGAGAGGACGGAGGUCCAGCAGAGAGCCCUCAUUCCUGGAGGAGGGAGGAAUAGGAGUAGGAGGAGAAGGAGGAGGGGGCGCCCAGUUGUUGUUGGACCCCUAAUGACUGCUUCACUGUCUGCUGUAUCACCCGCCAUCACCACUGCCGAGAAGAGGGCAUCGGUUUUCAUGUAACGGGCAGUGUCGUGGAGGGAGCAGAGAAGCAGGAGGAUGGAGACGCAGUGAGCGAGGAGGAGGAGGACGAGAAGAAGGAGGAGGAGGAUUGACGGCUCUCCUAACGCGGCUGGCGGUGUGACGACCGAACUCUUCCUUCCCGGCAUGGCGGUGUCAUUGUGCUUCUUGGGCGUGUGCGUGCUAACUUUGGCUCAGGUCGCCCCCUCCAGCCAAGCCAUGUCCCGGGCCGCCAUGCCAUUCGGGCUGUUGCGCAGGGAACUGGCGUGUGAGGGUUACCCCAUUGAACUGCGCUGCCCGGGAAGCGACGUGGUGAUGGUGGAGACCGCCAACUACGGACGUACUGACGACAAGAUUUGUGACGCGGAGCCCUUCCAGAUGGAGAACACGCAAUGUUACCUUCCAGAUGCACUGAAGAUUAUGGCUCAGAGGUGUAACAACAGGACGCAAUGUGUGGUGGUGGCAGGGGUGGACGUUUUCCCAGACCCUUGUCCUGGAACAUACAAAUACCUGGAGAUCCAAUACGAGUGUGUCCCUUACAAAGUGGACCAAAAAGUUUUCGUCUGUCCCGGAUCACUGCUCAGCAUCCAGCCAGCUUCCUCUCAGCUGGAGGCAGAACAUCAGUCAGGGGCGUGGUGUAAGGAUCCUCUGCAGGCUGGCGACAGACUAUACGUCAUGCCAUGGACGCCGUAUAGGACCGAGGUGCUUUAUGAAUAUGCUUCCUGGGACGACUAUCGGCAGAACCGUGUCACCACUACCUAUAAACUUCCAAGUCGUGUAGACGGUACAGGUUUUGUGGUGUAUGAUGGCGCCGUGUUCUAUAACAAGGAACGUACACGGAACCUGGUCAAGUAUGACCUGCGAACCCGCAUUAAGAGCGGCGAGGCGGUGGUGGUCAAUGCCAACUACCACGACACGUCGCCUUACCGCUGGGGAGGGAAGUCAGACAUCGAUCUGGCAGUGGAUGAGAAUGGCCUUUGGGUGAUCUACUCCACUGAAGCAAACAACGGACGCAUUGUGGUCAGCCAGGUGAACCCGUACACCCUGCGCUUCGAGGGCACGUGGGCCACAGGUUUUGACAAACGUGGGGCGAGCAACGCCUUCAUGGCCUGUGGUGUGCUCUAUGCGGUGCGCUCAGUCUUCCAGGAUGAUGAGGGGCAGGCGGAUGGCCGUGUGGGCAAUGAUAUGGUGGUUUAUGCCUAUGACACCAGCCGGGGGCAGGAGCUGCCCAUUCAGAUCCCCUUCCCCAACGCUUACCAGUACAUCUCUUCCAUAGACUACAACCCUAGAGACAACCAGCUGUAUGUGUGGAAUAACUAUUAUGUUCUCAGAUACCCGCUUCAGUUCACGCCACCACCACCAACUAAAGGUCUGUUGAUCCCGAACCUCGAUUGGCGUAACUCUGAGGCGUCUCCAGAACCCGAAGUCAAGUUUUCGUUCCCUACAGGUCCACUUUCCUCUUUGAUGACAACCGUUCGCUCUUACACGGCUACCGUUGCACUGACUCCUGUGCGGCCAUCAGCCUCGCACCCGGUAGGCGUCAUCAACCGAGGACCCUUUGACCAGAGGCCAAUAACAGCCAUGGUCCCCUUAACGCCCCGCCCCCCUUUGCGUGUUCCCUUGGCCCCGGGGGGCCCUGGUCAAGUGGGUGGAUGUGAAGGAAGAGUGGCCAGAGGGGUACAGUGGCCCCCAACUCUGAAAGGGGAGACCGUGGAGAGGCCCUGCCCCAAAGGCUCACUGGGGAUUGCGUCCUAUGAGUGCACGACGUCGCCAGUUAGCUGGAGCUCCAGAGGUCCUGACCUAUCUAACUGUACCUCUCCGUGGGUCAGCCAGAUUGCACAAAAGAUUAAAAGUGGAGAGAACGCAGCAAAUAUAGCUGGGGAGCUGGUCAACCUAACCCGGGGACGGAUCUAUGCAGGUGAUGUCAGCAUGUCUGUCAAAUUAAUUGAACAGUUACUGGACAUCUUGGACUCCCAGCUUCAAGCCUUGAGACCAGCCAAUAAAGAGUCUGCAGCACGCAACUACAAUAAGCUGCAGAAAAGGGAGCGCACGUGCAGGGCUUAUGUGCAGGCUGUGGUUCAAACGGUAGAUAACUUGUUGGGUCCCGAGGCGUUGGUGUCCUGGGCUGACAUGAGCAAUUCUGACCAGUCCCGCUCUGCAUCACUCCUGUUGGAUGCGGUGGAGAAAGGAGCGUUCCUGUUGGCUAACAACCUCUAUGAAGGUCGAUUCAGUGACAGAGCACCAAAUGUCGAUCUGGAGGUGUACGUGCUCAACACAGAGGCGGACAUACAGGACCUAACUUUCCCGCACUCCUAUGACAGCGACAGUAUCCUGCAGAUCUCAGCUGUGGCCCUGCAACAGUACAGCAAUAAUGGCCAAGUGAAGUUGGUCCUCUCUCUGUAUAAGAACUUGGGCAGCUUCCUGACCACCCAGAACUCCACCUUGCGGCUUGGACUCGGACAGGGGUCAGAGGUCAGGCUCAGGAGCCUGGUGGUCAACUCCCACGUCAUCUCUGCCUCUGUGCACAGAGGCUCCAAUAGAGUGUUCCUCUCUGAGCCUGUGGUGUUCACUCUCAGGCACCUGCAGCUGGACAACCACUUUGGUCCCAACUGCUCUUUCUGGAACGCCUCGGGGGUCUCCGGGACUGGCAAGUGGUCCACACAAGGAUGUCGCCUGUUACACACCAACAAUACGCACACGACUUGCGCCUGCAACCACCUGUCCAGCUAUGCUGUACUCAUGAUGUACCAGCAACCAGCUUCUGGUGUGGGAGUAGAGGAGCUUCUGGUCUACAUUGUCUCCUGGGUGGGCAUCUCGGUUGCUCUGGUGUGUUUGGCCACCUGUCUUACCACCCUGUGCUGCCAGGCGGCACCGUGGCACACUGACCACAGCACCAUCCACUGCAACUUGUGGGCCAAUCUGCUCAUCACUGAGCUGCUCUUCCUCAUUGAAUCCAUUAAGACGCAAUAUACCGUGGUGUGCUCCAUCAUUGCCGGCCUGCUGCACUUCUCGCUGCUCUCAGUCUUCUGCUGGCUAUGUCUGGAAGCGGUGGAACUGUACAUUUUGCAACGUGAGGUGUUUGAGGGUCGUAACUCCAGGCGGAAGUAUUUGUACCUGAGUGGCUACUCCAUACCCGGGUUGGUGGUGGCUGUGUCUGCAGCCAUUGACUUCAGAGGCUACGGCUCAAAAACGUUCUGCUGGCUGCGAACUGACAAUUACUUCGUUUGGAGUUUUCUUGGACCGGUGGCCGUUAUAAUCACGCUUAACCUUGUGAUCUUAGUGAUGACCUUACAUAAGAUGCACAGCACUGCGGCCCUGAAGCCCGACUCCAGUCGCCAUGACAACCUGAGGGCGUGGGCAGUGGGCUCGUUGACGCUUCUCUUUCUGCAAUGUGUCAACUGGUCCUCAGGCCUGAUGUUUUUGUCCGCGCCCUCUCUCCUCCUGGCUUAUCUCUUCGCCUCCCUUAAUACAGCGCAAGGCUUCCUCAUCACCAUCCUGCACUGCACCCUCACCAGGAAGUGUUGCGCAACCUCUUCGUCCAGCUCUCCGGACUCGAUCAAGGGCGCUGCAUUGCGCUCCAACAGCCGCUACAGCAGCAGCCAGGGGCGGAGGGCCACGGCGAACCGACAGAGCCGUAUUAGGAGGAUGUGGAAUGACACGGUGCGGAGACAGACCGAGUCAUCUUUCAUCGCCGCUGAUGUUAACAGUACCCCAACUCUUAACAGAGCUGCAUUGGGGAAUCAUUUCCUGACCAAUCCAGUGCCGCAGACUCGCGCAGGAGCCUCUCCGUAUGACACCAUGUUGGCACAGGGAUACAAUCAACCCUUCACCUCCACAGUUGGAACCUUCCGAAACAAGAAAGUUGGUGUGUCGCAGAGUCAAGAAUCCUGUGGGUUGGACAGCGUGUGUCUCAACGGAGGCUACACCCCAAACACCUUCACCCUGCAUGGACUGGGGGCCAUGCCUGGAUCCAGAGCUGGAGUGGUGGGCAGCACUGACCUUCUGAAAGACGGAGGAGUCGGCAUGGGAGGCGAUGGCAUCUCCCCCGCCCUGCUAACCCCGCAGGGCGCCGCAGAUCUGGGCACCGGUGCCGCAAUGCGUCGGAACUUGUCCGAUGCGGCUGCGCUGGAGAAGAUGAUCAUCUCUGAGCUGGUACAGAGCAACCUGAGGCCUUCGGGUGACAUGCCCGUCCCUCCCGAGCGCUACGGAAGCCUGGCAAGGCCUCAUCAUCUGGACAGGGCGGCCCUGGCUCCCACUGCCACGCUGACUCGGCACGCGCAGCAACCCCAAGAGGGCUGGGCGGCCACCAUGCAGCCCACCUCUCGACACAACGCACAAGAGGGUUGGCCGCAUUUGAGGCAGCACCUACAAGGUGCUGAGACACAUUCCUCAUCACAUGAACAAGAUCAUGCCACAACACCACACUCACAAGAUGGCUGGUCACACGCACGCACUCCAGCAGAUGCUGAGUCCCGCGAGUUGCUGAAAGAUGCAGAGAGGCUCCAGCUGCAAGGCACUCUGGGUCGUCGAGGGCUCCAGGAACGGCAACAAGCGCGUCCCCCCGAUGUUCAGGCUCGGCCAUACUCCACCCUCAGCCGCACUCCUGGCACCCUGUCCCGCCACCGAACCACAGCCGAGUCAGGCGGAGGGACGGACAAAGAAAGGGAGCGAGACCGGGAUCGUUAUCGAGACAGACCCUUACCGCCGCCUCCUCCCCCACCCCCGCAGGAGUCGGAGCCCUUGUACAAAGCUCUGGAGGAGCCACUUCUGAUGAAACAGCGGGAGGCCGGUGUCGACACUUGGCGAGGAGUGCAGGACAGGGAGAAGGAUGAGACAUUUCUCCUAAAAAGAGAUGGACUUAUGGAUGAGUGGCGGGGACGUAACAGAGCAAGGGAAGAGUCUUUUUGCUCUCAAAAGAGAAAUGGAGACAUGGCUGAGUGGCGAGGUGGAAUAGAAAGAGGAAGGGAGGAACCUCAUCUCCUGGAGAAGAGAGAUGAAAGGAUGGAUGCCUGGCGAGGAGCAGCAGAGACCGACAGGGAAGAAACCUUCAUCACUCAGCGAAAUGAUUUUGGGAUUGGUGGCUGGAGAGCUGGGAUGGAGAGGGAGAAGGACAGAGAUGGGUGGAGAGUAGGAUUUGAACGAGAGAAUGAAAAGCAGAAGGACAGAGCACUCGAUGUGUGGCGUGGAGGGGUUGAUGUCGACAGAGAGGAAUCUUUUCUGUUUGAAAGUAACGACAGUGGUCUUGAUGGCAGAAAAAGAGGAAAAGAUCGAGGUCCGUUCAGGUACCAUGGUGACCGAGAGGAUUCUGAUGGCUUUACUCUGCCUUUGACCCCUGAUCUUGACCUUGACCCCGACACCUCGCCUAUCUACGCCCAAGAUUCAAACCCCUCGCCACUGUACCCGGGAGACCGUCCAUCGCCGCCUCUCGGUCUCUUCCCGCGAAGCUCACCCCCAACCAACAUAUUUGCUCCCCGAGACGCAAAUUCUCCUCCCAACAAUCUCUACUCGCGCCACUCACCUCAAGUGUACAGCCGCAGUAGUUCGCCUCCCCGCUUCUACAGCCGCACCUCCCCCCCGACACUCUCCUACCCUGACAGUAGCCCCGAAGGUCCCGAAGAGCUCAGCCCCAGCAGCCCGCCCCAGCAGCCUGCCCUGGAGCUGCCGUACAGCCUCGGGAGACCUCCUCUCGGCCCUCGUCCCAAUCACCUGCAAACCUUUUAUCAGCCACCGCCGCCGACGACUAAUGGAGAGGCUAUGUACACCUCUGAGCCGUCUUCGGAAGGAGACGAUGGUCAGAUGCAGCGGGUGACAAGCCUGUGACUAGGGCGGUGGUGAUCGGGGCAUAGAAAACAGGGAGGUGGAGAAGAGCACAACCAACAGGAAUAAACAAGCAGUUUCUAAUGAUGAUGAUGACGAUGCUAAUGUAUCUCAGUUGGCCAGUGAAGGUAAUGAUGAUGUCAGAGAUGGCUCCUCCCUGCUUCUAUCUCCCGAUCACCACGAGACUCCCCCUUUCCCCUUUCUCAUUCUUUUGUUAUCUUUCGAGAAGUGUGACCGUCAUUGGCCGUAACUCUUCCUCUGCUCUCCUUCCCUGGACCCCUGCUGUGUCUUCCUGCUUCAUCAGUGCUUUAUUUUUUACUGGCCCAUUAUCUGACUUUCUGUUGGUCAAUUGGCUGGGUUUCGCCCUUCCUCGUAGCAAGAGAAAAGUGUUGUGACGGAUCAAAGCACUAAUGUGUUGCCAAAAAAAAAAGAAAUCCUUUUAAAGAACACAUGCAUGACUUUCUAAUGGCUCUUACAAGGCCAUGCGUUCUGUAAGAAGGAAAUGUUCAAGUGCAAGUGAAUGAAUGUGUGUAGCUUGAUGAGCAUGCGUGUGUGCAAGGUGUGUAUGUAUGCGCGCGUGUGUGUGAGAGUGUAUAUAUACAAAUCUUUUAUGAUUAUGAUUUAUGAUUAAUGUAUCACAGAUUAAUGUAUCACAGAGGAACAUUUUAGCAUUGUUGAUAGAGGUGGGCCUUCAACGUGUGCCCUCCUCCUGAUUUUCAACUUGUUCCAUCGCAUCAAGACCAAAACGUGUCCUCUCGUCGCCAACUGUUGGCAACGGAACAGUUUUCAGUGGAGUCGUCAUAGCUACAGCGGAGUUGUCAUAGCAACAGAACUAUUGUCUCCAGAGCAGAUCAUGUGAAACCUCAGAACUUUUUCUGCAACCCCUGAUAACUUUGUACAUAUUACCCUCAACUGUUCUAAUUGUCUUGUAUUGCUAUUGACAUUCAAGUAAAUGUGAAAUUAA